AGAAUAAGUGGUAUCUCCCAGGAAGUUUAUCUAUAAUAUAACAAGAGAACUCUGCAAGAAGCCUGAGAUCCCCCAGUACCACAGGGAUGGACAGAGGAUGUAGAAACAACCUGUGAAGCAGAAAGGAAACGACAGUGGAGUGAACAAUAGUGUGGCGAAUGCUGCCAAGAUGUCAAGUGGGAAAUGGCCUGGAGGGUGACUUGGGUUAAGUGAUGAGGGGGUUGUUAGUAAGCAUGGUGAGGCUGUUUUAGAGGCAUGAUGAGCAUAGAUGCCAGGUUUAAUGGUUUGGGGUGUGAUUGGAGACAAGGAAGAAGAGGCAGGAAGUGGAGACUACUCUUUCAGGAAGUUUGCCUGUGACGGAGAGAACACAGAGAGCAUGGAAGUGGGUAGGGAUGUAAGGUAAAGGGGGAAUUUUUCUUUUAAAGAAAAUGGCUAGAGAUGAGCAUGCUGAUGGAAUCACAUAUUAUUAGGAUUAAGUUGGUAGUGAAGGAGAGAUUGAAAAUAGGGUAGCAAGGGGGCAUACUGGCAGAAGGCUAAAGAGAGAAAGGACAGGAUCGGUAAUAGAGGUAAAAGGGUUUACUGUAUUUAAGAUCAGGAACAACUUUUCCAUUGUCACAGGAAGGAAGACCAGCUCGGGGCAGAUGUAAGUACGUUUGCAGAAUAGGUUUAGAAAAUUCAUGGAGCUCUUGUCUGAUGGUACCAAUUUCCCCUGUAAUUUUCAGAGAGUGAGAGGGAGAUGUGAGCGUUAGGGUAUGGAAUGCCAUGGAAGAUUAGACUAUCCCCUCUGGGAAAACAUGACUGAAUGAACUGUCAGGAGGUAUGAGUGCCCAACCCGUCAAAAUGGCAUGAAUGAGCAUUCCUCGUACGUGCUGCAUGGUUCUGUCAGCAGAGCCUAGUGGUCAGGCUAUAGUAGAGGUGAACGGUGAGACUGCACUAAAAUUCAGACAUGAUUAACUGCUUCUAUCAUACUCACUAUUCUCCCUUCCUCCUUGCUAACAGAGCCCUGUUUUUGUUUAGGUGACCACUCUCCUCACUUUAGACAUAGUCUUCAAGGGAGGCUGGUCCUGAUUAGUCUCAACCAACCAUGGUGGUCCUUGUCAAUGACUGAUUUGGGCAAAGGCAUGAGCAUGUGAUGAAUUCUAAGCAAUGAGGUGGAUUCCGCAGACAGGAAAAUGUUUUCUUACUUCUAAAAAGAGAGAGAAGGAAGAGAUGGUCACUUUUCUACCUUGGGAUGCUGUCUUGCCUGCAGGUGCUGCUUGGAAGUAGCCUGAAGGCAAGGUGACAUAUAAGGAUGCAGGGUUCAAAGGUAGAACUGGGUCCUUGUUAACAUAAUUGAGCUAGUGACCUUCUUGUUAUGUGAGAGAAUUACCUUACUGCUUAUGUCAUUUUGAAUAGGAGUUUUGCUAUUUGAUACACAAGAUGAGCACAUUGGAAAGGUAGUGGUACAAAAGACAUUGAGGAUAUUGGCUAGAUCCUGCUUGAGGUGAUGGACCCUGCAGUCUAAGAUGGAGAGGGAAGGAAAUGAUGACAGGAGAGGGCUGAGAGAAUGUAAGGGCUCUUGGCCUGGAAGUCACAAAGAAGUCAAAGAGAUAAUGCCUUAGGCGUAAUGGAGUGAGAAAGAUGGAGAAACUGGAGAGAGGAGAAGAACUGAACUUAUUCAGAUACUUUGGGAUUUUCCUAACAGUGUCAUAUUUGAAGAUCCAUUUGGUUCUUUAUUUUAGUAACUGUGAGUAUCCCUACAAACGAUUUAGUAUGGAAUCUGGUCAGCAGAAGUGAGAGAGGCAAGAGUAUCUUGUCACCUUUCAUAUGUUUUGGAAAUAAAAAAGAAAAUGGUAUAUUUUAGAAAACAUUUGUGGGGAGAAGAGCUUUUAAUAGGGAGCUACAAACUGUAUAUUUCCACCCAGACUCCAAGCCAACUGGACAAGAUGGUAAUUAGCAAGACACACUAUUGUUCACUCUUACACACUUCAUAGCCCAAGCUUGAUUCACAGAAACUACAAAACAGAAUAGUUACUGUGAAGCAGUGCAUUUGUGUGGGGCGUUUACUUUUAAUGGAAAAAUAUGUGUUACGGCAUUCAUAGUAUAAUUGCCUGACUGCUCCUGCUGUCCCUAUUUCUUUCACUGCUACCAUUUUUAUAACAGAUUAUUCUUCUGGAAAUAGUGCCCGAUAUUUUAUUCAUACUGUGUGUAUAACAAGGAAUGCUGAAUUCAGAGGGAAGUUGUGUUUCUGACGAGGGCCCUGUAACUAUACCUUGUGACAUAUAGAAGCAUUUUCAUUUUCCCACUGCUGUCCAUCUUUCUUCUUUUAAUUGGUGCAUUUCAUACUCCAUUUCUUCCUCCAGCCUUUUCUAAUUUAUAAGAAAAUAAUUUCCCACAGAUAAAAGCACUCACUACACUCUUGGAGUGUCUUGGAGUCUUCUCUGAGUAAUAUUGUGAAGACAUUCUAGCUGUCUUUUAAAAACCUUUCACUUUUUACUUCCAGAAGAUUCAUGCCCUUAAUGUCCAAAACUGUCCACUGUGCAACUUACCUAACGUCCUCACCUGUCUCCUGUCCUUGAAGAAUUUAGUUAUCUACAAUAAAUGAUCCCAGAUUGUAUUCAUGUUAAGCUACUCCUGAUAAAAAAUUUCUUAAUGAGUUAUCAUUCUUAUGGGUAUGAUCAUUUAGCAAGGGGAUAUAAAGUGAUAGAAAUACCUGACUUCAAAAGAAUAAAAUUACUAAUAAUUGACAACAAAGCAAUAUAUCAAGUAUUUGGGCUGGGGAGAUAGGUUAGUGUUCAUUGACCCCACAAGGUAGAUGACAACUGACAUGGCUUAAUUUGUUCUAAGUAAAGUCUAAUUCCAUGAAGAAGUAGAUAUUAUUUACAUUAUAAAAGGUUUAUUUAUUUAUUUUUGUCAUUUAGAAGCUAUAUCAGUCAGGAUAGGCUAUGCUAUGCAGCAGAAACAAAUAACCAGAAAUCAUAGAUUUAUUUCUCAAUCAAUGACCGUUGUAUAGAAAGUCUCCACUAAUCAUAGUCACUCAAAGACCCUGGAUGUUAGAAACACUAUGUUAACAUCAUGUGCUUCCAGGUUCCAGGAUCACCCCAGCUAGGGGAAGAGAAUGAAGAAGUAUAUCAUGGUCAGGCUCUUUUUGUUGGCCAGAUGAACUCUCAUGGCUGUGCUUAAUGUCAAAGGAGAUAAAAGAGAGCAAUGCUCUAUGGCUCAGAAAGCAGACAGCCAGAAAUAUUCAAUGAACAGAACUAAUAACCUCCACAGAAGAAAUGCAUACUCCUUGAAGAAAAAUUUAAAAAGACAAAAGAAAAAAUAGAAGUAAAAACAAUUUGUUUUAGUCUGCUCAGGCAGCAAUAACAAAAUACCAUAUACUGGGUGGUUCAAAUAUCAGAAAUUAAUUUUCUUACAAUUCUGGAGUCUGAGAAGUCCGAGAUCGAGAAAUGGCCUGAUCUGGCUCUAGAGCUCUGUUCCCAGCUUGCAGAUGGCCACCUUCUUGAUGUGCUCUCGCAUGGUCUUUCUUUAGUGUGCCUGUGAGGUGAAGAAGAGGGGGCAGUUCUCUUGGGUUUCUUCUGAUAAGGGUAUUAGUCCUAUCAAAUUAGGGACCUGCAUUUAUGACCUCAUUUAAAAUGGCUUACCUCUUAAAGACCCUAUCUCCAAAGAGAGUCACAUGGAGGUUAGUGCUUUAACAUAUGCAGUUUUGGGGGGGACACAUUCAGUUCAUAAUAAAAAUAUUGUAGUUACAAUUUUAGUAACGAGGAGGGCUAAAUAGUUGUAGAAACUCUUCUUUCUACCAAUAACUGAAAUUCUGGCCCGACUAUAAUAAACACAUUUAUUUUGGUUUGAAAGAAUGAGGACUCCUCAGAUAUUAAGAGAGGAUUUGGUUGACCUCAGACCAAGAUGUAACAUAGGAGGCUCCUGAAUUGUCUUCCUCCCGUAGAUGUACCAAAUGUACAGCUAUGUAUGGAGCAUUUCCCUCUGAGAAUGAUAAGUGUUGGCAAGGACAUGAAGAAAAGGGGACACCUGUGCACUCUAGGUGGGAAUGUAAAUGUGUUCAGCCAGUAUGAAAGACAGUAUUGAGAGUCUUCAAAAAAUAAAAAGUAGAACUACUGUAUGAUCCAGCAAUUCCACUUCUGGGUAUUUAUCUGAAGAAAAUGAAAACACUAACUUGAUAAGAUAUCUGCAUCUGCAUGUUCAUUGCUGCAUUAUUUAAAAUAGCUAAGAUAUGGAAAUAACCUAAGUGUCCAUCAGUGGACAAAUAGAUAAAGAAAUAGUAAUGGAUAAUAAUGGAAUAUUACCCAGCCACAAAAAAGAAUGAAAUCUUGCCAUUUGUGUGCAACACAUGGCCAGACCUCGGGGGCACUAUGCUAAGUGAAUUAAGUCAGACAGAGUAAGACAAAUACCGCAUGAUCUCUCUAAUAUGUGGAAUCUAACAACAAAUGAAACCAAGUUCAUAGAUACAGAGAAUAGAUUGGUGGUUGCCAGAGGUGGGAGAAAUGGGUAAACUGCUUAUUACUUUAAAUAAAUUAAAUAAAAAGAAUAUAUAUGUGUAGUGACAGAUGUGUUAAUUAGCUCAAAAGUGGGAAUCCUUUCACAAAUUAUAUGUAUAUCAAAUCAUUAUAUUGUGCACUUUAAAUAUAUUACAAUUUUAUUUGUCCAUUACACCUCAAUAAAGCUGAAAGAAAAAAAGAGAGGAAGAGAGAAUUCAAGGUCAAAGGGGAAGCUUGAAGAGAAACUCAUUUCUCAGACAUCUUACCAGAUGGGUCCCAACAGAAUAAAGUGUAAAUCAUUCUAAGGAACCUGGCACAAUUAGCGUAGGAAAUCACUUGAAAUCUCAUCAUCCAAAGACAAAGCUGGUUAAUAUGCUGGUAAAAUAGCCUCUAGGGAUUUUUCUACAUGUAGUUCCAUUUUUAACAUAGUUACACCCCUAAUAUUUUGUGUCAUGGAAAGCUAAGAUUUUCUGCAAAAGGAACGUAAAUUGCUGAACAACAUAACUGAGUUACUGCAGUAAACAUUUUUUUCCCCACCUGCAGCACUUUCUUCUGAAAUGGGAAAUGUUUUUUUUCUCCCCUAAACCUUAGAAAUAUGGCUAUCUUCUGCUGUAAAAAGGGGGGAAAAUGAAGAAUUAAAAGCAAAAGAAUUUAGAGAAGGGUAGAGAGAGAAAAUAAGAACCUCAGAAGACGCUGUUGAUCUCAGUGUAGUGUAACAAGAUCAUUUCCAUUUGAUUGAUCUAUGCAGGUAUUCUUUUAAGCAAAGGGGCCUUCUCAUCAACUCAAUACCCUCUGUAUCUGUGUUUCAUUAUUUCUUGCUUCAUGUCUAAUUAGACUGGAAGAUGGAUUAUUUCCCCAGAAAAUUUGUAAAAAGAUUAUACAUCUGGAGGCUGUUUGGAUGAGUUCUGUGUCGACACUUCUGUUCUUCCUGUGCAGGAGGCAUAAUGGGGACAGAAUGAGUGGACACAGAUGAUAGUUUGCUAUUAAGUAGUUUCAGUUUCUUUUCAGAAAUCUGAACUGCUCUUCCUUAGUCAUAAUGCACCUCCUUGGGCAGGGUGAACAAAUAUAGACAACUGCAAAGGCUUUACCCAGCAGGCCUUGUGCAUGUGGGGAAGCUGCCCUCCUCACAUCAGACUUGGUGCAUGGCAGUGUCUGAAGGAACUAAGGUUCUCAGCCCCCAGCUGGUCUGCUCUAUAUGCAUAUCUGCAUUCCAAGCUGAGGCACCUCAUUUGGAGGCCUCCAAAAAGAGCUGGGGCUUCAGGACAUCUUAGCCACUCCGACUCAAUACUUUUCCUCUUCUAGCCCUUCCUUCUCUUCCUCCACCCAGCCCCUGGGUCCAAAAAGCAGCAGGAGACUUUUGUUCUGGGAUCUUCUCCUUCCCUCCAAUCUGUGAUGCCUGUCAUUUGUCCUUAGCCUGAUGCUGUGCCCUGGGGAAAAAUGGACCAUCAUAGGCAUGGAAGCUGACGCCCUUUCCCCCUUUCCUGUUAGUCCUCUUGCUUAUAGUAUCACAGCAAGUGAAUAAAGGCUUGAUACUUUCAGUUUGAGUCAUUGUCUUCACUGACCAUCUUGAUGCCUGGCAGCUCUCUAGCACUGUCUGCCCCUGUUGUGAUAAACCUUGAAGUUUGUGCAGGGUGGAGAUGCCACAAGACUGAAGCAGCCUGGAAUUCAGAGCCACCACUUGGAAAACAGUGACCUUGGAGAGUGUCCCACACCCACAGCAGACUUGGGUGCGAAAGCAAUCCACUUUCAUUGAGCCACUGAAAUUUUGGUGCUGCCUUUUACCAUAGCGCAACAAAGCUGAGCAUAACUGAAAUGGAUAUAAGACUAGACAUGCUAACACUUACCUUUCUCGAACUGUGGACAAGUCCAAGAUGGUGGGAGAGUCAAAGAGAUAAGAGAGGGCCCAGCACUGAGUGAUGUUCAAUGCAGCAGUCACAGAUAACCCACUGGCUACCACGGUCCAGUGAAUUAUGGAAAUCGAGCUUAAGGAGGUGAAGUGAAUGUUCCAAAGUCCUUCCCGAACUGCCUAAUCACAAAGCUGAGACUUUUUCCACUAUGGCUUUAUGACAAAAGCCAGAGUUGUAUAGAAGAAACUCAGACAAGAAAUGUAAACAGGUGUGGAAAUACUACCAGAGUGCUAGGCAGAGCACAGAUCUCUCUGGGUGAUGUUCAACAUUCAGCUGAGGCUGUUUCUACAUGGAGCACAGCUGAUGAAGAGAAGUUAGAAAGCUAGGAUUAUGCUUCAAUAUGGCAGAGGAGUAAGACGUGGACAUCACCUUCCUCCCCACAAAUACAUCAAAAAUACAUCUACAUGUGGAACAACUCCUACAAAACACCUACUGAAAGCUGGCAGAAGACCUCAGACUUCCCAAAAGGCAAGAAACUCCCCAUGUACCUAAGUAGGGCAAAAGAAAAAAGAAAAAACAGAGACAAAAGAAUAGGGAUGGGACCUGCACCUCUGGGAGGGAGCUGUGAAGGAGGAAAAGAUUCCGCACACUAGGAAGCCCCUUCACUGGUGGAAACGUCGGGUGGGUGGGGGUAAGCUUCGGAGCCACGGAGGAGAGUGCAGCAACAGGGGUGCAGAGGGCAAAGUGGAGAGAUUCCUGCACAGAGGAUCAGUGUCAACCAGCACUCACCCGCCUGAGGGGCUUGUCUGCUCACCCACCGGGGAAGGUGGGGGCUGGGAGCUGAGACUUGGGCUUUGGAGGUCAGAUCCCAGGGAGAGGACUCUGGUUGGCUGUGUGAACACAGCCUGAAGGGGUCUAGUACAUCACAGCUAACAGGGAGGGGGUCUGGGAAAAGGUCUGGAACUGUCUAAGAAUCAAGACACCAUUGUUUUAGGAUGCGUGAGGAGAGGAGAUUCAGAACACUGCCUAAACGAGCUUCAGAGAUGGACAUGAGCCACAGCUAUCACCAUGGACACCAGAGACGGGUAUGAAAUGCUAAGGCUGCUGCUGCAGCAACUAAGAAUCCUGUGUGCAAGCACAGGUCAUAAUCCACACCUCCACUCCCGGGAGACUGUGCAGCCUGCCACUGCCAAGGUCCUAUGAUCCAGGGACAACUUCCCCAGGAGAACUCACACCGCGCCUCAGGCUGGUACAACGUCACACCAGCCUCUGUCACCGCAGGCUCGCCCUGCAUUCUGUACCCCUCCCUCCCCCCAGCCUGAGUGGGCCAGAGCCCCCUAAUCAGCUGCUCCUUUAGCCCCCUCCUGUCUUGGCUAAGAACAGACUCCAGAGGGCGACUUACAUGCAGAGGCAGGGCCAAACCCAAAGCUGAACCCCAGGAGCCGUGUGAACAAAGAAGACUAUAACAAACAGCAAGUCAUAUCCAUAACCUAUGUACAAUUCAAUGCAAUGUAAUUAACUUGUCAUCCCUAUCCUGGAAUCCUUAUAUGAAUAUCAUCUGCCCAGCCAUUCAAAAUGCCAUGGAGAAUGUAUAAAACUGAAGCUCGCCUAUGCUCGGGUUUGUGGCUGAGCCGGUGACGUCAGUGUGGCAGUGCAGUGUCAGGCGCGGCGGCUCUCUAUAAGCCGAGGAGCUGUCCGGGUGCUGAAACGGUCCGAGCAGCUCACGCAGCGGGCCAGGAGGAACGUGCUGUGGACGUUCUCUGCCAUAUAAAAAAGAGGAAAUCUUUCAAACAUGGCAGAAGCUAAGACUCACUGGCUUGGAGCAGCCCUGUCUCUCAUCUCUUUAAUUUUCCUCCUCUCUGAGGCUGAAGCAGCUUCAUUUCAGAGAAACAAGCUGCUUCAGAAGGAACCAGAUAUCAGAUUGGAAAACGUCCAAAGGUUUCCCAGUCCUGAAAUGAUCAGGGCUUUGGAGUACAUAGAAAAGCUCCGACAACAAGCUCACAAAGAAGAAAGCAGCCUAGACUACAAUCCCUACCAAGGUGUCUCUGUUCCCCUUCAGCAAAAAGAAAAUGGUGACUUGCCAGAAAGUUCAAGGGAUUCCCUGAGUGAAGAUGAGUGGAUGAAGAUAAUACUUGAAGCUUUGAGACUGGCUGAAAUUGAGCCCCAGUCUGCACCAAAAGAAAACAAGCCCUAUGCCUUGAAUUCAGAAAAGAACUUUCCAGUGGACAUGCCUGAUGAUUAUGAGACUCAACAGUGGCCGGAGAGAAAGCUCAAGCACAUGAGAUUCCCUCCUACAUAUGAAGAGAAUUCCAGGGACAACCCCUUUAAACGCACAAAUGAAAUAGUAGAGGAACAAUACACUCCUCAAAGCCUUGCUACGUUGGAAUCUGUCUUCCAAGAGCUGGGGAAACUGACGGGACCAAACAACCAGAAGCGUGAGAGGGUUGAUGAGGAGCAAAAACUUUACACAGAUGAUGAAGAUGAUAUCUACAAGGCUAAUAACAUUGCCUAUGAAGACGUGGUUGGGGGAGAAGAUUGGAACCCAGUAGAGGAAAAAAUAGAGAGUCAAACCCAGGAAGAGGUAAGAGACAGCAAAGAGAAUACAGAAAAAAAUGAACAAAUCAAUGAUGAAAUGAAGCGUUCAGGGCAGCUGGGCCUCCAGGAUGAAGAUUUCCAGAAAGAGAGUAAAGACCAACUCUCAGAUGAUGUCUCCAAAGUAAUUGCCUAUCUGAAAAGGUUAGUGAAUGUUGCGGGAAGUGGGAGGUCACAGAAUGGGGAAAACGGGGAAAGAGCAACCAGGCUUUUUGAGAAACCACUUGAUUCUCAAUCUAUUUAUCAGCUGAUUGAAAUCUCAAGGAAUUUACAAAUACCCCCUGAAGACUUAAUUGACAUGCUCAAAACUGGAGAGAAGCCAAAUGUAUCAGUGGAACCAGAGCAGGAGCUUGAAAUUCCCCUUGACCCUGAAGACAUCUCAGAGGUUGACUUAGACCAUCCAGAUCUGUUCCAAAAUAAGAUGUUCUCCAAGAAUGGCUACCCCAAAACACCUGGUCGUGCUGUGGCAGAGGCUCUACCAGAUGGGCUCAGUGUUGAGGACAUUUUAAAUCUUUUAGGGAUGGAAAAUGCAGCAAAUCAAAAGCCUCCAUAUUUUCCCAAUCAGUAUAACCGAGAGAAGGUUCUGUCAAGACUCCCCUAUGGUCCUGGAAGGUCUAAAGCAAACCAACUUCCCAAAGCUGUCUGGAUGCCAGAUGUUGGAAACAGACAAAUGGCAUAUGAAAAGCUGAAUGACAAGGAUCAAGAAUUAGGAGAAUACUUGGCCAAGAUGCUAGUUAAAUAUCCUGAGAUCAUGAAUUCAAACCAAGUGAAGCGAGUUCCUAGUCAAGGCUCAUCUGAAGAUGAUCUACAGGAAGAGAACCAAAUCGAGCAGGCCCUCAAAGAGCGUUUGAAUCAACACAGCUCUCAGGAGACUGACAAACUGGCCUUGGUAAGCAAAAGGCUCCCUGUGGGGUCCCCGAAGAGUGACGAUACCCCCAACAGACAGUACUUGGAUGAAGAUCUGUUAAUGAAAGUGCUGGAAUACCUCAACCAAGAAAAGGCAGAAAAGGGAAGGGAGCAUAUUGCUAAGAGAGCAAUGGAAAAUAUGUAAGCAGCUUUCAUUAAUUGCCCUACUUUCACCCCUCCCACCCCAAGCAAACACCAACAUUUCUCUUUAGUGUGUUGACUUCUAUCUUGUUAACACUGUUAUAACUUUAAAUGAUGUACAGGCAGGUGAUUCCAUUUCACUGGGGUGUCUACUUCACUAGCUCUGAGCUGUUCUCUUGUGUAUGGAUAUGUGUAAAUGUUAUGACUUCUGAAUAAAAAUACUAAUCAUAUCCCUUAUUCAAGAAAGAUAUCUAUGAUAGUGUUUAAUAGUGUAUCUAAUGGCUGUGGCAUUGUUGAUGCUCACAUAUGCAAAGAGUGUCCUAUAAUUCUCUUGAAAGUUUUUAAUACUUAUUGAAUUAUUUUGUUACUGUCUGUAGUGUUUUGUGGAGUAUUGGAGCAAAAAAAAUAAAGCAUUAUAAAUAUAUAGUUUUAUUUAUAAGGCCUUUUCUAUUGUGUGUUUUGUUGUUGAUUAAUAAAUGUUAUUUCUGGACAA